AUGAGAAACGACUAUGCAGACUUAAAGAAAGAAGCAGAAAAGCCAGCAGAAGAUAAAAUGGACAUGUUAGCAUUUCUGAACAAAAACUAUCCAACUGCUGACGAUUUCCUAUUAUCUGACGUCAAGAAGAAGUAUAAAGAAACUUUCGGCAUAGUUAAAACAUUCGAUGUACUAAAAGAAGAAAUAGAAGCUACAAAACUGUUUAAAGUCAUGAACCAUCGCAACAUAUACCAUGUAAAACGCUUGUAA